GACACUGUCCAAUCAGUUCAAUGUUCAUACGUAUCAUAUUUUGAUCUUAUUUAUUUUUUAUUUAUUUAUUUUAUUUUGUAUUAUUUGGUGACUUUCACUUUAGUUUCAUGAGUUGUGUUGAUAACAAGAAGUUAUUACUUAGUUGUAUAUGUGAUUAUCACCUAAAAGAAAUAUCUUCGACGGUAAAACGAUAAAAUGAUUAUUUACCUAACUAUUUGUAACAUAUUUUUCAUUUCAUUUGCAUCUUCUAGCAGUAUUAAUCCUCCUCCAAUUAAAACGGUUUCAAAUAAAACCGAACCGUCGAUUCAACUUCAUGAACAACAUAAUAAAACGAAAAUAAUAAUUCCAAGUGAAGGGGGUACACUUCUGUCCAGUCUCCCUGAGACAUUGUCAACGGAUAAUCAGCCACUAUUAUUGAGUCUAGACAAGGACCAAGUUAAGAAUAAAGAAAAGUCAGUUGUUGCCAGAAAAGGAGUAAAGUAUGUGCCUAAAGAUGAUAGUAGUAUUGAACAUGACAACAGUAUACAGAAUGUAGAUAAUAAAACAGUUCUCAUUGAAUCCACCCUCACCAAAAUUACAAGUAAACCACUGAGUAAUGUUGGCAAUGCAUCUAGAACAGAGAAACUUCCCACUACUACUAAAAUUCACAAACCGUUAGUGUUAUCCUCUGAACUUCUGGACAAAAGUAGUCCAAAUAUUGAAAUUGAACCAAAUAUGAAAAUAAAGAAAAUGAGUGAAAACAGUCGUCCAGAUCUUAUAAUGCCAAUUGUGAUUACAAUUUUAGUUGUACCAAUGUUUGCAGUUGUUGGUUAUAUGGCUUUGAAAAGAGGCCAAGAGGCUUGGAAAAAUCGACAUUAUAAAAGAAUGGAUUUUCUUUUGGAUGGAAUGUACAAUGAAUGAGGAGAAUAAAAAAAUCUACUUCAAUUAGUUAAUUAAGUUAUUUCAAGGAUAUCUCUAUCCGCUUGACUUGUUAUUAUCUCCAAAGAAAUGUGGAAGAAAAGUGCUUAUAUGAAGAUUUACUCAUGUGUGAAGUAUGAGGGUAUAUUUGAUAUUAAAUUUUGCAUUUAUUUUAAAAAACUUAUGUGGGAUGAUAUUCAUAUUUUGAUAAAUUAUAUUAAAAAUAACCUUCUUUAGCAAUAAUGUGGUGCUACUUAAUUAAAGUGCCUUGGUGAUAUGGACAAUAUUUUGCUUGUUGUGAAUAUAAUUUUUGUUAUAUUUUACAUUAUAAUGCAAAUUAUAUUAAAUUGUCUUCCAUUAUAAGAAAUAACAUGUGAUAUACUCAAAACUAACAUAGUGUCAAGAUGGUUAGUUGGUUUUGUAUGUUUUACACAUAACUUUAAAAAUAUAUUAUUUACUCAAUUUAA